AUGCCAACCCCGAGCGGCGGCGGCGCAGCGCGACCGCGAGCUGCAGAGGAGCCCCGCGUGGAGCUGGAGCUCCCGCUCGGUGCCGCAGCGCCGUUCGACCUGGCGGCGGCCGUGUGCAGCCACGGGCUGUUCAUGAUGGCGCCCAACCGGUGGGACCCGGCCGGCCGCGCGCUCGUGCGCCCGCUCCGCCUCGCCUCCGACAGCUCCGUCUCCUUCCUCGCCCGCGUCUCCGCCCACCCCGCGCGCUCGGACUCCGCGCUCCUCGUCGCCGUGCAUGGCGCCGCCGCGCUCUCCCCGCUCGACCAGGACCACAUCCUCGAGCAGGUGCGUCGGAUGCUGCGGCUGUCGGAGGAGGAUGGCAAGAUGGUGGCGGAGUUCCAGGCGAUGCACCCCGCGGCGCGGGAGGCGGGGUUCGGGCGCGUCUUCCGCUCGCCCACGCUGUUCGAGGACAUGGUCAAGUGCAUCCUCCUCUGCAAUUGCCAAUGGACAAGGACCUUGUCAAUGGCUACUGCACUGUGCAAGCUUCAGUUGGAGCUGAAAUGUUCAUCCAGCAUCGAAGAUUUUCAGUCAAGGACACCUCCAAUUAGAGAACAUAAUAAAAGGAAGCGCAGCAAGAGACAGAGUGUCCGUGUCAAAUUAGAAGCAAGGUUUUCAGAGGAUAAAUUGGAGGGUCCAAGACUGGCAAGUGGAGGCAAUGGCCUGACAAAUUUGGAAACAUAUGAAAUUUUGUCUUGUUUACCCUCAGUUGCAAGUGAAGCAAUCGGUCCAGAUGAUUCCUUGGAACCAUCGGAGCUUAGCUUGAGCAAUGAUCCUCACUUGGAAGGCUGUAUCAGUGAUUUCCCUACGCCGGAAGAAUUGGCCAACCUUGAUGAGGAUUUUUUAGCCAAUAGUUGUAAUCUUGGAUACCGAGCAAAGAGAAUUGUAAUGCUUGCACGCAGCCUUGUAGAAGGGAAGGUAUGUCUACAAAAACUUGAAGAGAUGCGUAAAAUGUUUGUACCAGCUGCAGAAGAGGCAUCCAGUGUUGGAUCCACCUACGAGAGAUUGGACAAAGAGUUAUCAAUGAUCUCAGGGUUUGGUCCUUUCACACGUGCCAAUGUGCUCAUGUGUAUGGGAUUCUUCCACAUGAUCCCAGCUGAUACUGAGACAAUUAGGCAUUUGAAACAGAUUCAUAAAAGAGCAACUACCAUCAGUUCUAUUCAUCAGGAAUUAGAUAAAAUCUACGGCAAAUAUGCUCCAUUCCAGUUCUUGGCAUACUGGUUUGAGUUAUGGGGCUUCUACGACAAGCAAUUUGGCAAAAUUAGUGAUAUGGAACCAUCCAACUACGGACUAUUCACUGCAAGUCACUUGAAAAAAAGCAAAAAAUUAGAAGAAAAGCAGCUUUAG